AUGGGAAGACUGGACCGGCACAGCAACGGCGUGGUGAUCGCGACCGUCACCACCACCGUGGUGAUCAUCCUUGUGGUCUUCAUCACCACCGAAAGGAACGUGUUCCUUAGUCGCAAGUCACCUCCAGCGAGUGAACCGCCCACUGACGAACUUCCGGCGCUGCCUUGGGCCCUCAUCGACCGCCAGUCGUACCUCAGCCACCGCAUCGUGUACACGGGCGGACGCCACGCCAAGAGGUUGCCCGGCAACGUGGUGCCGCUCCACUACGACCUUGAGAUCGAGCCGCACAUUGGGGACAGCAGCAGUGAGGAGGACACCUUCAGCGGCAAGGUCACCAUACGCUUCCGAUGCAUCGUUGCAACGUCCACGAUCACCGUGCACUCGACACCGGAGCUGAAGGUGUCGCUGGGGAGCCGCGUCACCCCUGGCGUCAUUGUGCGCCACGCCUCCAACACCUUCUUCAAGAUGUGGGCCAAGUCGCUCACGCUGCAUGCCUACGAUGAGUUCCUCGUCAUCAAGCUCCUGGGCAAGCUGAACGCCAACCAGACGUACCUGGUCACCAUGCACUUCCACGGAAAGCUGGGCCAGGACAGGGGCUUCUACAAGUACCACUACAAGGUCAACGGAAAGCUCAAGCACCACAAACUCGUGGCGGAUCACUUCCAGACCACCAUGCCAAUGUCCACGUACACGCUGGCCUUUGCUGUGCUCAACUUCACGUCCCAGACAAACGGCAAUGUGACCAUUUGGUCCCUGAACGAUAAAGCUCCCUACCUGAAGUACGCGCUGGAAGUAACCCCGGUCCUGGUGAAAUUUUACGAAGAACUCUUUGGCAUUUCGUACCCUCUUCCAAAGUUGAACAUGAUCUCGCUUCCCUCGUUCCUGGCGGACGCCAUGGAGAACUGGGGUCUGCUCACGUUCCACGAGCAAUGUCUCAUCUUCGACGAAACCACCACGCCCCACAAGAAGCCCCUGAUCGUGGGCCUCAUCGCCCAUGAAGUCGCUCAUCAGUGGUUCGGCGACCUGGUAACCAUGGACUGGUGGGGCGACGUGUGGCUCAACGAGGGAUUCGCUACUUACAUGCAGUACACUGGAGCCCACUUCCUUGAGCAUCAGUGGGAAAUGAUGGACCUAUUCGUGGUGAACGAAAUGCAGCCCAUCUUGAAAGCGGAGUCGACCACAAAAAUGUAUCCAGUGUCCGUCGACACAAAUUCAACGGGCCACCUCGAUAAAUUGUUCGAUAAAAUCCUGUACAGCAAGGCUCAGCGCGGCCUGGUCGACGUUAAGCGAGUGAUGCGCUACUGGACUAAGCACGCGGGCUACCCCCUGGUCACCGUCAACAGGCUCUACGGCAAGGCAAGCGCCGUGUUCAGUCAGCAAGACUACCUGACUCUGGCGAAUGUCGGGGAAACGGCGGAGAAACUGCCCAAAAACAAAUCGUACGUGAAACGCUGA